GUGGAUAUCUCGGAAUAAGUAGUUUUGAGCCUUAUCAUCGAUUAUUUUCAUUAGAGGAUAAAUCAAUUCAAUAUACGUAUGCUGAAAGAGAAAGGGUUCCGAUGCAGUUGGCAGCUUUGAUCGUAAUGGUGGGCCCAUUAGCUACCAUGACAUUUAUAGCUUUAGUAAUUAAAAGGAGCAUGCACGACUGGCAUCAUUCUUGUCUAGGUUUUGCCUUAUCUAUGACGAUGACUCUUAUUGUUACUGAAAUUAUUAAAAAUAUGUCGGGCAGACCUCGACCGGAUUUCAUUGAUAGAUGUCAGCCAAUACCAGGCGCAGUUGAUUCACCUGUAUAUGGGUUAAGUAAUUCGUCGAUAUGUACUCAGGAAGAUCCGGUAAUUAUAAGAGAUGGUUUUAAAAGUUUAGUAUCCGGACAUGCAUCUACUUCAUUUGCUGGUAUGGGUUAUCUUAGCCUAUAUCUUGCUGGAAAAUUACAUGUAUUUGAUAGAAAAGGCUACACGUACAAAAGCUUUACUGUGGUUACUCCCUUGAUCAUUGCUGUAUUAAUUUGUAUUUCAAGAACUCAAGAUUAUCGUCAUCAUUGGCAAGAUGUGCUUGCAGGAAGUGCUCUUGGUUUUGUAUUAGCAAUAUUUUCUUAUUAUCAAUACUAUCCCAACAUUCACUCGCCAGUUUGUGAUAAACCAUAUUCUGUCAGAAUAAAGAAAGAAGUACAUGUUCGUUCUGCAGACUUUCAAUUUGUAGAUGGUUCUAAUUUCAUAGUAAAAAUUACAAGGGAGGAUGGUAAUCUUCUAUAUCAAGAUAAUAGAGUUCUUCUGAAUGAUAAUGACAGUAUUAGCAAAGUUUCUAGUAUUAGUAAUGUUUAA